CUAAGCCCCUCACAUGUGGUUCCGACAUGCAAACUCUUAGGCUGCGCCCAACACUGGAAGGAAAAGCUUUUGGAAUUUGCUGGUCAGCGUAAUUGAACGUAUCGGAAAUGCGAGUUCCAAUUGAAAUCCUCCGCCAAAUCAUCCAGAGUGCCGUGGAUCUAGUUCCAAUCCUGGAUUUGUUUCAGGCCAGAUUGGUCAAUAGUUUCUUUGAUGAGGAGAUCAUUACAUUCUUUCUGGACAGUCCGCGCUCGGAGGAAGAGGGGUUCUGCUUCCCCAAGUCGUGCCGCACUAAUAAGGCGAUCAAAGGACGAUGGACGGGAUUUCCAGAUCGACUUAAGCGCUUAUAUCUCUACCGCAAGAUUCGGGACCACCCCCGCAGCCCAUGUACCUUUACAUGCUGGUUACAGCAGGUGCUGGAUCAUCACUUAGGUGAUGCCCCCCUGCAGCAGCAAAAGGACGAGCUAAUAGCAAAGGUGGUCGAUGUUACGAUAUCGGGCCACUAUGAGCCAGCAAACAUGUUCAGUCCCGAACGGUGUGAGUCGUGGAUGAAAGAUUCUCGGUCGGGGCACUGGAUCUCAAUGGACCUUUCCAUUGCCACCAUCCUGGCCUGCAGUGCCAUCAAACGGGGGGAUUGUGCGGGGUUGCAGACGGCACUGCAGAAUGGAUUGGAAACGGAUAGACCGUGUCUACGCUUCGGAAUAAUGCCGCUAGAUGUCGCCGCAAGGACAGGGAACAGAGACAUUGCUCGAACACUGGUGGAGCAUGGAUGUCCCAUGUGGUACGAUGUAAUCUGGAAUUCCUGCUGUGUGGUGGCGGUGUCUGCGGUGGCCCGAAACAAGGAGGCGCUGGAGGUCUGGGUGGAGCAUCUCUAUCAAGAGCAUCCCAACUCCAUUACACCUGAAUGGGAAUGCAGACAAGCGAUCGAGAAAUUGGCACGUAGAGGAGAUAUAGAGAUGAUGGGGUUCAUGAUGGAGCUAAUCCCCACAACGCAGAGAAACCACAUUGAGGCAUUGGGGGAAGCGAUUAGUGCCGGCCAAUUUGCAGCAGUGCAAUGGUUGUGGACACAUCUUGAUACCCCCAUUGACGCCAAUCUAGGCAGGAGGUUAUUAUAUCACGCCUUAGAUGACUGCCCGCCUGAUCAAAGAUUGCGAAUGGUGCAAUUCCUCCUGGAGCAUGGGAUUGACCCGAAUGUAAGGGCCCAGUUUUAUACCCCAUUACAAACAGCCGUGGCAGCAGGGGAGGUGGGAAUUGCCAAGAUGCUGGUGCAAUACGGAGCCAACGUCAACCAACAUCCUUGGGACUCUCGGUUUAGCAGACAGCCACCGCUGAUGAUGGCUGUCCGGCAAAGAUCCCCGUCUCUAGUCCGACUGCUUCUGGAAAACGGGGCUGAUCAGGCGUAUACCUGGAAGCGCAAGAAAUACACAGUACACCAUGGAGUGAAGCAAGUGCGUAAUGUGGAGAAAGUGUUGAGGGAGUUGGGGUGGGGUGAGGAGGAGGUGAAGCAAGACACGGGGGACUACUGGCUGCUUCGGGAGAAACUCCCGGGGAGGCGCACGUGACCGUGCGGCAGCCCGGCGCGGGCUUGCUGGGCGAAGGUUACGCCGUUACGGUGUUGAUGCCAGAAAGGCAUCAUCCCUUCCGCCAUCCACUCACCCACUCAUCCACUCUCCCUUCCAUCCCCAUCCUGUUCUGUCCCCCGUCCUUUCCAUCCUUUUUGUUCAUUAAUUCGCUACCUCUGUACGUAAGCCAAUUUUAGCUCCUGUUUCCUCCCACGGUUUCCCCAACCUUGACGGGUCGUCUCUCUCCCUUCC